AUGGACCGCAUCGUCCCAGACAUAGCAGUCGGUACAAAGUGGGGAUCCGAUGAGCUCUUUUCCACACGUGUCAGCAACGGCCCCUUCACCAUGAGCAGCUUGGCCUCAGUAGCCAAUGGAAAUGAUAGCAAGAAGUUCAAAGGUGACAACAGGAGCACAGGAGUUCCUUCCAGAGUCAUCCAUGUCCAAAAGCUACCUAGUAAUGUCCCUGAGGGCGAGGUCAUCUCCCUGGAGCUGCCCUUUGAAAACGUUACCAACCUCCUUAUGCUGAAGGGGAAGAACCAGGCCUCCAUUGAAAUGAGCACAGAGGAGGCUGCCAACACAAUGGUUAACUACUACACAUGGGUGGCGCCAGUGCUUCAUGGACAGCCCAUCUACAUCCAGUUCUCCAACCACAAGGAGCUCAAAACCCACAGCUCACCCAACCAGGCAGGUGCUCAGGCAGCCCUGCAGGCUGUGAACUCUGAGUCAGGAAACCUGGCCUUGGCAGCCUCGGCUGCUGCGGUGGAUGCAGGAAUGGCAAAGGCAGGCCAGAGGCCAGUGCUCAGGAUCAUCGUGGAGAACCUUUUCUACCCAGUGACCCUGGACGCGCUGCACCAGAUCUUCUCUAAGUUUGGCACAGUCCUGAAGAUCAUCACGUUCACCAAGAACAACCAGUUCCAGGUGCUGCUGCAACAUGCUGACCCUGUGAGCGCCCGGCAUGCCAAGUUGUCCCCGGAUGGCCAGAACAUCUACAAUGCUUGUUGCACGCUGCGCAUCAACUUCUCCAAGCUCACCAGUCUCAACGUAAAAUACAACAACGACAAGAGCAGAGAUUACACUCGACCUGCCCUGCCCUCUGGAGACAGCCAGCCAUCACUGGACCAGGCCAUGGCAGCAGUCUUCUUUGUGCCCAGCAUAACGUCAGAUUCUCCGUAUGCAGGAGCCGGGUUCCCUUCCACCUUUGCCACCCGUCAGGCCGCAGGCUUCUCUGUUCCUAAUGUCCAUGGAGCCCUGGCCCCCCUGGCCAUAACCUCUGCAGCAGCUGCUGCUGCUGCUGCAGCCGGCCGCAUUGCCAUCCCAGGUUUGGCAGGAGCUGGGAAUUCCAUCCUUUUGGUCAGCAACCUGAACCCUAAGAGAGUCACACCCCAAAGCCUCUUUAUUCUCUUCAGCGUCUAUGGUGAUGUGGAGCAGAUGAAGAUCCUGUUCUAUAAGAAGGAGAAUGCGCUCCUGCAGAUGGCAGAUGGCAGCCAGGUCCAGCUGGCCAUAAGCCACCUGAACGGGCACAAGCUGGAUGGGAAGUCAGUGAGCAUCACACCGUCAAAGCAUCAGAGUGUGCAGCUGCCUCGUGAGGGACAGGAGGACCAGGGACUGACCAAGAAUUAUGACAGCUCACCACUGCAUCGCUUCAAGAAACCAGGCUCCAAGAACUUCCAGAACAUCUUUCCACCCUCAGUUACCCUGCACCUCUCCAACAUCCCGCCCUCUGUGUCAGAGGAUGACCUCAAGAGCCUCUUCUCCAGCAAUGGUGGGAUGGCAAAAGGCUUCAAGUUCUUCAAGAAGGACCACAAGAUGGCACUGAUCCAGAUGGGCUCUGUGGAGGAGGCAGUGCAGGCACCAAUUGAGCUGCACAGCCAUGACCUGGGCGAGAACCACCACCCGCGAGUGUUCUUUUCCAAGUCCACCAUCUAAGUGCCUGUGGGCCUGCGAAAGCUUCUGCCAUUCCAGAAAAGCCACUUUAAAAAGCAGCUGAAGUGACCUUACAGACCAGAGAUUUUAUGUUUUUUAAAGAGAGAUCAGU